ACCUUACUGGAUUUAACUGCCAAGAAGGAAGACACAGGGCGAGCUUCAGGAGCUUCGAGUUGCUGCUUUGCACGCUACUCAAAGGCUUCCAGAAUGGUUUACCAUCUCAGAACAAUUUGUUCACUUCACUUAGAAAUUAGAAAUGUGUUUUGGCCAAUAAAUCUAACUUUAUUUUGUAGUAGUCAUUUUUCUUAAUGGAAGUGUUUUCCAGAUGUUGCCUAAGUCUAGUCGUCUGGGCCCCCAGCCAACAAAUGAGGAAAGCUUGAUUUCAUAGGUUGUCACUGUUGAUUUUGCCUAACCUUUGGACUAAUUGGUUCAUCCCAACCCAUUUGCACUGCUAUAUAAGACUUCCAGCACGCUGGGCAAACUCAUCUCUCCUUUGACAGGCAAGGGCGUUGCAUCCAAGAACAACCAUGGGGUGGAAAAUACUUCCCAUCUGCUUGUCGAUGCUGCUUCCUGUUUUCCUGAUUCAACAAGUUUCAUCUCAAGAUAUAUCAAGUUGUGCAGGGAGAUGUGGGGAAGGGUAUUCUAGAGACGCCACCUGCAACUGUGAUUAUAACUGCCAACACUACAUGGAGUGCUGUCCUGAUUUCAAGAGAGUCUGCACUACAGAGCUCUCCUGCAAAGGACGCUGCUUCGAGUCCUUCGCACGAGGGAGGGAGUGUGACUGUGACUCCCAGUGUAAACAGUAUGGCAAAUGCUGUGCAGACUACAACAGCUUCUGCGAAGAAGUGCAUAAUCCCACAUCACCACCUCCAAAGACUGCACCCCCGCCUCCAGGAGCGUCUCGCACCAUCAAAUCAACCACCAAACGUUCACCCAAAUCACCAAAAAAGAAGACUAAGAAAGUUGUAGAGUCUGAGGAAAUAACAGAAGAACAUUCUGUUUCUGAAAAUCAAGAGUCCUCCUCCUCCUCCUCUUCCUCCUCUUCAACUAUUCGGAAAAUCAAGUCUUCCAAAAAUUCAGCUAAUAGAGAAUUACAGAAGAACCCAAAAGUAAAAGAUAACAAGAAAAACACCCCGAAAAAGAAACCUAAUCCAGAACCACCAGUCGUGGAUGAAGCUGGAAGUGGUCUGGACAAUGGUGAGCCCAAGCUUACCCCACCUCCUGACCCUCCUACUCCACACAACAAAGUCACCGCAUCUCCCAAGACUACAGCGGCAAAACCAGUAACUCCUAAACCCAGUCUUGCACCUAAUUCUGAGACUUCCAAAGAGGCAUCUUCAACUUCCAAUAAAGAGACAACAGUUGAAACAAAGGAGACCACUGAAACAAAUAAACAGUCUUCCGCCAGUAAAAAAGAGAAGACUACUUCAGCUAAAGAGACACGGAGUGCAGAGAACACAUCUGCUAAAGACGUUGAACCCACAUCUACAACUCCCAAGAACUCAGCUCCCACUACCACCAAGAAGCCUGUAACUACAACCAAGGAACCUGUUCCUACCACUACCAAGGGGCCUGAACCCACCUCCAAGGAGCCAGCUCCCACCACCCCUAAGGAGCCUGAACUCACCAUUCCCAAAGAACCAGCUCCCACCACCAAGAAGCCAGCUCCCACCACCCCCAAGGAGCCAGCUCCCACCACCCCCAAGGAGCCUGAACCCACCACCCCUAAGGAGUCAGCUCCCACCACCCCUAAGGAGCCAGCUCCCACCACCCCUAAGGAGCCAGCUCCUACCACCCCCAAGGAGCCAGCUCCCACCACCCCUAAGGAGCCAGCUCCCACCACCCCCAAGGAGCCAGCUCCCACCACCAAGAAGCCUGAACCCACCACACCUAAGGAGCCAGCUCCCACCACCCCCAAGGAGCCAGCUCCCACCACCCCCAAGGAGCCAGCUCCCAAUACCCCUAAGGAGCCAGCUCCCACCACCCCCAAGGAGCCAGCUCCCACCACCCCUAAGGAGCCUGAAUCCACCACCCCCAAGGAACCAGCUCCCACCACCCCCAAGGAGCCAGCUCCCACCACCCCCAAGGAGCCAGCUCCCACCACCCCUAAGGAGCCUGCUCCCACUACCCCUAAGGAGCCAGCUCCCACCACCCCCAAGGAGCCUGCUCCUACUACCCCUAAGGAGCCAGCUCCCACCACCCCUAAGGAGCCAGCUCCCACCACCCCCAAGGAGCCAGUUCCCACCACCCCCAAGGAGCCAGCUUCCACUACCCCCAAGGAGCCAGCUCCCACUACCCCCAAGGAGCCAGCUCCCACUACCCCCAAGGAGCCAGCUCCCACCACCCCCAAGGAGCCUGCUCCCACUACCCCUAAGGAGCCAGCUCCCACCACCCCCAAGGAGCCAGCUCUUACUACCCCUAAGGAGCCAGCUCCCACCCCCAAAGAGCCUGAACCCACCACCCCUAAGGAGCCAGCUCCCACCACCCCUAAGGAGCCAGCUCCCACCACCCCUAAGGAGCCAGCUCCCACCACCAAGAAGCCUGAACUCACCAUCCCCAAGGAGCCAGUUCCUACCACCCCCAAAGAACCAGCUCCUACCACUCCCAAAGAGCCUGCACCCACCACCACCAAGAAGCCUGAACUCAGCACCCCUAAGGAGCCCACAUCUACUAACCCCAAGGAACCUGAACCCACCCUCCCCAAGGAGCCUGAACUCACCCUCCCCGAGGAGCCUGAACCCAGCAACCCCGAGACAUCCGAUGAAUUAAUAGCUGAGCUUGCUGAGGCACCCACACCAAAGGCUCUUGAAAAUAAUCCCAAGGAACCCACUGUACCAACUGAGACUCCUGAGGUAAGCAAGCCUGAAAUGACAACUGCUAAAGAGAAGACAACAGAAAAAGACACAACCCAAACUACAACAACAGUAACCCCUAAGACAACAACAGAGACAACAAUCAUACCGGAAGAGACUACUGAACCAAGAGCAAGUACCACCACUCGAAUAACGUCUACAGCUCAAGAUACCACAUCACCCCAAAUGACUACUCUGAAAGCUACAACUCUUGCAGCCAAAGUAACUGCUCCAACAGAAGAGAUUCAGAGCAAACCAGAAGAAACAACUUUAACAACUCCUGCAUUGGAAGGUUCUGAUGCUUCUAAGACAACCCUAAAACCUCAGAAACCAACCAAAGCGCCCAAGAAGCCCGCCUCUACCAAAAAGCCAACCAAAGCGCCCAAGAAGCCCACCUCUACCAAAAAGCCAAAGACACCAAAAGGGAGAAAACCAAAAACCACACCAUCUCCUCUUAAGACUUCAACAAUGUCUGAACAGAAUACCACUCCUCUAGAAGUCAUGCUGCCAACCACCACCGUCCCUAAACAAACUCCAAACUCUGAAACAGCUGAAGUGAAUCCAGCUCAUGAAGAUGCAGAUGGAGGUGAAGGAGAAAAACCUCUGAUUCCCAGGCCCCCUGUGCUAUCCCCCACUGCUGUUCCAGGAACCGAUCUCUUGGUUGAGAGACUCAAUCCAGGCAUUAACAUCCAUCCCAUGUUUUCAGAUGAGACCAAUAUAUGCAAUGGUAAGCCAGUGGAUGGACUGACCACUCUGCGCAACGGGACGUUAGUUGCAUUUCGAGGUCAUUAUUUCUGGAUGCUGAACCCAUUCAGACCACCAUCUCCACCACGCAGAAUCACUGAAGUCUGGGGUAUUCCCUCUCCCAUUGACACGGUUUUUACUAGAUGUAACUGUGAAGGAAAAACUUUCUUCUUUAAGGAUUCUCAGUACUGGCGCUUUACCAACGAUGUAAUGGAUGCUGGGUAUCCUAAACUAAUUGUCAAAGGCUUUGGAGGACUAACAGGGAAGAUAGUGGCUGCUCUUUCAAUAGCCAAGUACAAGGACAGACCUGAAUCUGUGUACUUCUUCAAGAGAGGUGGCAACAUCCAGCAGUACACUUACAAACAGGAGCCCGUGAGGAAGUGCACAGGGAGGCAGCCUGCCAUCAACUACUCAGUGUAUGGGCAGGCAGCACAGGUCAGGAGGCGCCGCUUUGAGCGUGCUGUUGGACCUUUCCAGACACACACCUUCAGGAUCCAUUACUCGGUGCCCAUCAAAGCCUCUUAUCAAGACAAAGGCUUCCUCCACAAUGAAGUCAAAGUGAGCACACUGUGGAGAGGGUUCCCAAAUGUCGUUACUUCCGCGAUAACACUGCCCAACAUUAGAAAACCUGACGGCUAUGAUUACUACGCCUUUUCCAAAGAUCAAUACUAUAACAUCGAUGUGCCUACUAGAACAGCAAGAGCAAUCACCACGCGCUCAGGGCAGACCCUCUCCAGAGUCUGGUACAACUGUCCUUAACCUGACUGGCAAAGAAGAAUGAAAUGAAAUGAAGAAAACAGUGAUACCUUUUGACAUUGAAAUACAUUUUAUUAAUAAAGAAUGUUGAAAUGAGCAUACCUAUUUAAAUACAAAA